GUGCUGCUCCAACCAAGAUGUCCUCAGGCAAGUGCCUAACGCUGAUCCUCUUGCUGGCAGGUUGGUUGACUGGAGUUUCGGGAUUCAAAUUUGAUGCCAGCGCUUAUUGCGAUCUGCCGUACUGUGGAGCGAACAAUGUCGUUUGCCUAAAGACCAACUACUCCUUUGAGUGCAGGCCCAUGGCUAAGUUUGUGAAGUUGAAGCACUACAAGACGGAAAUACUGGGAGCCAUAAAUGGAUUUCGGAAUAAGGCCGCCAUUGGACUGACGCGAUAUCUGAUGCCUGCGGGAAGGAUGGCUCGCGUGGACUGGUCCGAUGAGCUCGAGUACUUUGCCCGAGCUGAUCUCAUGACCUGUAUGCCCCUGCCACGUCCUUGUAUGACAUCGCCGAAUAUUCCCAACAUUGGCAGCAUCUUUGAUACCGAUGGCUAUCAAGGAAAAGAGAAGAAAAACCAAGAAGUGGUCCUCAACAUCAUGUCAAAGUGGUUCGACGAGGGAGAAUAUGUUACCAAAGAGCAAUUGAUGUAUCUAGAAGAGCGCAAGGACUCUAAAUCGACAUACAGGCCAGUGCUGUUGAUGACAGAUCGCAACACGCUUGUGGGUUGUUCUGCUUUGAAAUUCACCGAGGAUCGAAACAACUACUUUUACCUCAGCUGCUGCUUUUCCACUGUCGGCAUGAAGCACACGGCCAUCUACCAGAUCGCCAUGUCAGCGGGUGCGCUCUGCAAGCGUCGUGAUGUCCAAUUCAAGAAUCUGUGUGCCCUCGGGGAGAAGUAUCCCGACAACAUGAAAAUAUAUUCCGACCAGUACAUGCGUUGAUGGAUUAAUCCCAUUCAUAUUCGAUUCAAAUAUAUUCCCAAACG